AUGGACAUCUUUCACGGCGACCACGGCCCCACGGCGGUCGUCGAUGCCUCAUUGGCGGGCGUGCGGCUGCAGGCCUACGUCGCGCGGACGUUCCGGGAGAGCGUCGGCCGUGGCGUCGGCACAAUGCACGCCACGUCCAAGGUUUCCGCCUUUGAGAUUGUCCGCGCCGGUCGGGUCUACGUGAACGGUGCGCUGGCUGCCGGACGGCGCGUGCUAGAGGCGGGAGACGUCGUGACUGUCGCACCGGCGGCAGCCGACGGCGCGGCAGCCGCCACCGCCGUCGCUGACCCGCCGGCGCGCCGUCUCGAGGGGCGGUCGAGGAUGGCACUGGGAGGAGCGACCGAGCCGCAGCGGAGAGAGGCGCCCGAGGCGGCGGCUGCGGCCGAGGCCGCGGCGUGCCGAGACGCCUUUCGCGCCUACUACUUGCAGCAGCGGCUCUGGUCAGCGGAGGAGUGGCCUGCCGUCGAGCGUGCCUUUGCACAGCCGCUCCCGCUGACGGAGGCGUCCGCGAUGCUGCCGGCUCUCGCGCUCGCGCCGCGGCCAGGCCACUGCGGGCAGAACCUCUGCGCCGCGCCAGGCGGAAAGACGCUGCAGAUGCUCGACAAGCUCGCCGCCUCCGGCGGCGGAGAGGGCGGCGACCGCGAGGGCGGCAGCAGAGGCGGCGGCGGCGGCGACAGCAGGGGAGGCGGCGGCGGCGAGGGCGGCAGGGGAGGCGGCGGCGGCGAGGGCGGCGGCGGCGAGGGCGGCGGCGGCGAGGGCGGCGGAGGGGAUGGCGGCGGAGGGGAUGGCGGCGGAGGGGAUGGCGGCGGCGGCGAGGGUGGCGGCGGCGAGGGUGGCGGCGGCGAGGGGUGGUGCGGGCUGCUCGUCUCCAACGACCUCGAGCGG